UGUUUUCAAUCCGGUAUCGCGAGAGUCCCACGUGUCGUUGUUCUCGCUCACCGACGACGAGACUUGCUGUCUGGAAAUUAGUCUCGUGGGUUCGACACAAAAACUGUUUUCUUCUUAUUUGUUUUAGCCUCUAACCGGAGACUUUAGUUGUUCUACUGUUCAAAACGCACUUUUGUUAGUUUACAGAAUCAGGCUGGAGAAUGGCUGCCGCUGAGGUGAACGGUAGCUCUGCCCUGCCGAAGGAGGAAGAAGAACCCAUGGAGGUCACAGGACCACUCACAGAGAACUACCAGACACUCAUUAACGCGGGACUCUCGCAAAAUGUUGCUGAAAAUCUCGAUAACAUCUUUCAGACAGGUUUGGUAGCUUAUGCUGAAUUGGACGAGAGGGCCAUCGAUGCUCUACGGGAGUUCAGCGAGGAGGGAGCCCUUGCUGUGCUGCAGCAGUUCAGAGAGAGUGACCUAUCUCACGUACAGAAUAAAAGCGCUUUCCUUUGUGGCGUGAUGAAAACGUACCGACAGAGAGAGAAGCAAGGUAGCAAAGUGCAAGAGUCCACCAAAGGGCCAGAUGAGACAAAAAUAAAGGCUCUUUUGGAGCAGACAGGAUACACUUUGGAUGUCACCACAGGGCAGAGGAAAUAUGGAGGCCCCCCACCCGAGAAGGUUUUCAAUGGACUACAACCGGGGAUUGGGACAGAGGUGUUUGUGGGCAAGAUCCCGAGGGACUUGUACGAAGAUGAGCUGGUUCCUCUCUUUGAGUCCGCUGGCCCCAUCUGGGAUCUCAGGUUAAUGAUGGACCCGCUCUCUGGUCAGAAUAGAGGUUACGCCUUCAUCACGUUCUGCAAUAAGGACGACGCACAAAAGGCUGUGAAGCUCUGUGAUAACUAUGAAAUCCGCCCUGGCAAGUACUUGGGAGUGUGCAUAUCGGUUGCCAACAACCGGCUGUUUGUCGGCUCUAUUCCAAAGAGCAAGACUCGAGAAAGUAUUUUGGAAGACUUUGGCAAAGUUACAGAGGGUCUCCAAGAAGUGAUCCUGUACCACCAGCCCGACGAUAAGAAGAAGAACCGAGGCUUCUGUUUCCUGGAAUACGAGGACCACAAGUCUGCUGCGCAGGCCCGUCGCCGCCUGAUGAGCGGCAAGGUCAAAGUGUGGGGCAACCCAGUAACGGUGGAGUGGGCUGACCCUGUCGCUGAGCCAGACCCUGAAGUCAUGGCCAAGGUAAAGGUGCUCUUUGUAAGGAAGCUAGCCACAGCGGUCACCGAGGAGCUCCUUGAAAAAACCUUCUCUCAGUUUGGAAAGCUGGAGCGAGUGAAGAAGUUGAAAGACUACGCUUUUGUUCAUUUUGAAGAAAGGGAUGCCGCAGUGAAGGCUAUGGACGAGAUGAACGGGAAGGAGCUCGGCGGCGAUGAAAUCGAGAUAGUCUUGGCCAAACCCCCAGAUAAGAAGAGGAAAGAGCGCCAAGCCGCUCGGCAGACCUCCAGGACCACCGGGUAUGACGACUACUAUUACUACCCGCCUCCACGCAUGCCACCCCAAGGGCGUGGCAGAGGUCGUGGCGGCCGUGGCGGCUAUUCUUAUCCAUCAGAUUACUACGGCUACGAAGAGUAUUACGAUGACUACUAUGGCUAUGACUAUCACGACUACCGCGGUGGCUACGAAGACCCUUACUACGGCGGCUAUGAGGAUGUAUACAGCAGCAGGGGGCGCGGCAGCCGUCCCAGCAGGGGCGGGGCCCCUCCAUCCAGGGCCCGCGGCGUGCCCACCGCCCGAGGCAGGGGGGGCUACUCCCAGAGAGGGCCGCCCCUGGGAGCGCCGAGGGGCAGCCGAGGAGGGCGGGGGACCCCGUUCCAGCCGCAAAGAGGCCGCGGGCCACGUGGGGCCCGCGGCAAUCGCGGGGGGAACGUCGGAGGCAAGAGGAAGGCCGACGUGUUCAACCAGCCUGACUCCAAGCGCCGCCAGACCAACAACCAGCAGAACUGGGGGUCCCAGCCCAUCGCCCAGCAGCCCCUGCAGCAAGGGGCCGACUAUUCCGGUAACUAUGGUUACAGUAAUGACACCAUGGAGUUUUCACAGGAUUCUUAUGGGCAGCAGUGGAAGUAAAGACACCACAAGAUUUGGGCUAUGUGACGGCAACAACAACAACAACAAAAAAUUGAUUGGCCAUAUUUGUUGAUUGUUUGACUUUUUAUUCGUUAGUUACAAAUCUGUUUGUCGUUCAAAGAGGAAAAGCCCCCAGAAUUGGCUUGAAAUUAUUAUGAAUUACAGGUACUUGGAAAGGCUGCAGAAUGAGUCAAAUUUAAGUUGUGGUGAAUAAUUACAACAAAAAACAACAUUAAGCCAUGUAUAUUAUUACUUUUUCUCCCUGAUGACCUAAAAGCUAACUGAACAUCACCCAAAGUGGACAUUUAUUGUGAGUAGUUUGAGAAAAGAAAGAAAAAAACAAAACAAAAAAAAGACAUUGGCUUGCAGGACAUUUGUGUCCGUGUCCCUCCCCCUCUUGUACUCCCUUUAUUUGUGCUUCUUGUGGCAAAAAUACGCUAGGCACGCAAGUGGCAUGACACAGCCGUAAGAAUAGCCUUCCGUUUGAACCAAGUGAAUUUACGACACUACACACGGACGGACGGACGGACGGACGGACGGACGGCAGUUGUAGCGACAAAAUCUCCUGCGCCUUCGGGCUAGAAUGGAGUGUGUACAUUAAAAAAAAAAAGGUGACGGUAGCAGGGGCAAUGCGAGGUUGUCUGCUGUGUCUGCUGCAUACGUGCCUGAUGUAUUUGAAGCAUCGUAGUUGCUUAGGGACUCGCUUGUACAUAAAUGCUUCUGGUUAGAGCUUCAGACUUCAUUUUUUGUUUUUUGCAAAGGUGGAGAAAAGAAUCCACAAAGGAGGAAAUCGACAUUUUUGUAAGUGUAUGCUUAGCAUUUCUAGAGAGCGUCAGAUUGUGAUGAUUUCUUUUUUAAACCGAUACCAUCAUUUCCUGUUUUCUUUCAAAUUGCCCAACUAGAAUUUGGUUUGGCUUACCAUAAGAGCCGACCCAUAGCAAUUUGUUCUCUGAUGUUACUUGUAUUUAUAACCUCUACGUUUGUUCCGUUUCAAUAAAACUCAGAUGAGAAUCAA